AUGUCUCAACAACAACAACAACAAUUCCAGCCUCAAGUUUACCCUUACAACAAUGUCCCAACACAACCCAAUACCUUAUUCCCACCGCCAGUCGUCGCCGCCGACACAACAUCCCACUCCAACGGAUCAUUCGGCACAGUUUUUUGGGUCAUCGGAGUCAUCAUCGCCGUCAGCGUUCUUGCUUGCGUGGCCAACAGGCUUUGCACCAGAAGAAGCAAAGGUUCAAAGCCGUCAAAGAAGGACAAGAAAGGCCACGGCGGCCACGGUCACGGCCACGGCCAUGGCCAGGCUAAGCUUCCUAAAGAAUGGGAGGGGAAGCGGAGCCGCCCGGAUUUCCACCAGGAUGACGGCGGGGAUAUAGAGUUUGGGUUUGGCGGGAAGAGAUUUCCUUCUGCUAAGGUUGCCGCAACUGGAGACCACCCACGGUCUGCGCCACCGAUGCCGGGGUUUAAACACCACGGCGGCGGCGGCGGCGGUAAGGGAGUGGUUAGAUUUGCUGAUGAUCAUAUAGAUUUCAAACCCGGUCCGUGA